UUUGGACUAAAAGUUCAUUGCACAUUCUAAGCAUUGCAUCAGGAACUCUGGCGACUGUCAGGUAAAAGCUCGAACGGCCAUUACACAUUCUAAGCAUUGCAUCAGGAACUCGGGAGCAAACAAUGGCGUCCACCGGGAAAAGGGUUUUGGCAUUGGCCAGAAAUGUUUCCCUCAGUGUUCCACUUCAGUCACAGCAACCUCAUUAUCCACUUAUUUUCCGGGGAUUCUUCUCCACUGAUCCUUCAAUUUCCAUUACGAAUCCUCUGCUUCUCAAAUUGCUUCAGGAGCCAACUUCGUCUGUCAAAUCCGUGCUCGAUUCCCAGGAAAAUGGUUUUCUCUGUAGCUCCCGUCUUUCAUUGAAUGCCCUCGUUACGUCUCUUAUAUCUUCUUCAAUGCUCAAGAAGGCUCAGCUGGUUUUGGAAUGGAAAUUGGAGAAUAUGAGCAAAAAAAAUGAGAGAGAUCUUGAUUUCUACAUCAACCUGAUAUGUCUAUGCGGAAAGCUUAGAAAUUCCUCUCUUGCAAUGCGUGUCUUCAAUGUUAUGGAAUUUCAAGGAGUUAAACCCACGGUGACUGCUUUCAAUUCACUUAUAGAGGCUUGUAUAUCUUCCAAUAAUAUGAUAACUGCCUUUAGCAUAUUUGAAGUAAUGAAAAACUCCAAAAAUUUUAAACCCAACACUGACACUUUCUAUUAUUUCAUUUCUGCAUUCGCCAAAUUGCACGAUGUCAACUCUAUGCAAGCAUGGUAUUCAGCCAAAAAAGCAUUUGAAUUCUCUCCCGACCUUCGAACCUACGAAGCUCUUAUACAUGGUAGUGUGAAAUCGAACUGCUUUGAUUUUGGUGUCAAAUGUUUUGAGGAAAUGAUCUUAUCUGACAUUGUACCCAACACAAUCAUAUUGGAGAAUAUGCUUGAGGGGCUCUGUAAAAGGAAAAAUUUUGAUGAAGUGAAGAAGUUCCUAAAUGUUGUGCUUGACAAUGGAUGGGAGAUCGAUUGGAAUGUGGUUGAGAAAUUCAUUCCAGUAUGGUUUGAAUCUGGGGAGUUGGAAGGGAUGAAGGAGAUCCUUACUAAGCUAAAUAAGUGGAAUUAGGCUUUCGAUGACAAUGUAUAGUCAGUCAUAAGUAGAAUGAUAACAAUGUAUAUCCCAUGUCCAAUACAAUAUUCUGCUUUGUCUUAGGGAGUUGGAAACCCUGGAUUGCUUGUUUUUGCAUUAUGAGUUUGCUUUUCUAAAGGGUAGUGUAUUCAUUUUAGUACUUUUGAGGUGGCUACCCUCUAUAAGAAAAUUUAUGAAUGGUGAUAAACGGUCUUGACGGUCGAAGUUCAUGUGAAAGAGGCAAAAUCCUUUGGAGAUGUGCGACUCAUGCGCUUUUGUGGUCAUUUUUUGGAAAAUAGAGGAAUACCAAGACCUUGGAAGAUAAAUUUGCUUUGUUGAUCCUUUUGGGCUUUUGUUCACCAUAUAACUUCUCGAUGGUGUACAAAUUACAUUUAUGUUGUUUGAAAGUUAGUCGACGUAGUUGUAAUUAAAUUUUAUUGAUAGAUCAAUCAUUAUAGACUAUAAUCGCAAAUGUAAUUUAAUGAAGUUUGAUUCCGAUUACUAAAAA